GGCAUCGAUGAUCCACUGCUACUAGAUACAGAAGUUCGUUAGAUGGAAGCUUCUAUUCCGUCCACAACUAUAUGAACUAUUUAAAACUUCACGAUAACACGUUCAACCUUGUGUUGGCUAUGUUGUAUGUUAGACAUUGUGUAUUUACUAAUCAGUUGACCUUGGAUAUGAUAUGAUUAAGAUUACUCACGUUAUAUUUGAUGUCGAUGGUCUUAUUUUGGAUACAGAAUCCAUAUACACUGAGUUCACAUCAAAUUUUCUUAGUGGAUAUAAUUUACAGUUCGACUACAACAUAAAAAAACUAAUGAUGGGAAGAAAACCUCAUGAAGCCGGUGAAAUACUUGUAAAGCACUAUAAUUUGCCACUAAGUGCUGAUGAAUUUAUCCAAAGGCAAACAGAAUACAUUACUCCAGAAAGAUGGGAGAGUGUUCAGUGUUUACCAGGUGCAGAAAAACUUAUUUUGCAUCUUGCUUCUCAUAAUAUUCCUAUGGCCCUAGCUACUGGUUGUUGCAGUUAUGAACUUGAUCAGAAAAUGAGAAAUCAUCAAGUUAUAAUGACCAAAGUCUCUCAUUCUGUUUGCUCUGGUGACGAUCCUACUAGUCCUGGGAGUCAAGCGAAUGACUCACAACAAUGUCAGACGAAGCUUCACUAUGGGACUUUGGCGGAUUGGUCUGAGAGUCCACCAAGGACUUACCAAGUAAACAGUCAUUAGUUUUAGCUAUCUUUCCUACUCUUCUGCGUUUUCGCGUCAUCCAUUUUCCAUCAGUCGAAACGUCUACAUUAGAACAACUCGGGACAGUAGUUGUUUUAUCUGAGUCACCGGUUGCUGCUGUAGCAAUAUGGCCACCAACGUCUAAUGACGUGUCACUCACUGAUCGUUUCAGGGGAGAAUGUUUAACUGCGGGUUGCACAGGUAGAUGUCUGGCUUGCGCCGUGAUAGCACUUACGACACUAACGCAAUCUUCGCCAUCAGUACCAAUGUUAUCAGUACAGUCCUCAUCAACCUUCUUAUUAGCCAACACCAGGAGACUAAUUGCUUCCUGGAUAAGCAAAGUUUUGCUCGAGCAACAAAAACUACAAAGCCAAUGAGAGU